AUAAAUGGAAGUCAAUUGGUCCUGAAUCCUAUCAGCCUCUUCCUGACUUCCUUGACAGUGGAGACAACAUGGUGGCAGCCCUGCUCCUGCUCCUUCUCCUCCUGUCAGCCUGCGUGUUCUUUGUGGGAGUCCCACUGUGGGUAGUUUUCAGUCAUUUCUUCACUGUUGACAUCCCAGCAGACAUCAAGCAGACUGUAAAGCUGCGAAUCCUUCAUUGUGCCUUCCAGCUGACUCUGACAUGGGGAACGAUUCUUGAGAAACUGCGAAUCUGUUCCAUGCCUCAGUUCAUCCGUUUUGUACACGACCUCAUACCCUUGAAGACGGACCCGGCAGUGGUGGUGACGGACCUGUGCUUUGGGACCAUCCCAGUGAAGCUGUACCAGCCCAAGGCGUCCUCCAGCACCCUCAAGACGGGCAUUGUGUACUACCAUGGCGGCGGGGGUGUCCUAGGGAGCACAAGAACCCACCAUGGCAUCUGCCGUCUGUUGUCCAAGGAGAGUGAUUCAGUGGUGGUGUCAGUCGGAUACCGGCAGACACCCAACUUUAAGUUUCCAGUCGGAACAGUAGACUGUAUCUCAGCCACCAUCCACUUCCUGAGGUCUCUGGAUACUUACGGGGUUGAUCCAAACCGAGUUGUGGUCUGUGGUGACAGUGUUGGAGGUGGAGUUUCAGUGGUAGUCUGUCAAAAACUUAUGCACUGUUCAGACCUCCCCAAGAUCCGUGCCCACAUUGUCAUCUAUGCUGCCCUGCAAGGCCUUGACUUCCAAUCUCCCUCCUAUCAGCAGAACAGACGUAUCCCUCUUCUCACUCUGGAUUUUGCCUUCUAUUGUUGGAGUACUUACCUGAACGUGAGCCCUGUCUGGAAAAAUGCCAUCUUGGGAGGUGCUCAUAUACCCCCUAAAGUCUGGGAAAAGUAUAGAAAGUGGCUGGGCCCAGAGAACAUCCCAGAGAAGUUUAAGAAGCGAGGGUAUCGGCUGAUACCCAAGGAGCCCCUUAAUGAGGAUACUUAUCAGGAGGCUUGCCUCAGCCUGCAUGGUACUAUCUCUCCCCUGCUUGCAGACGAUGCUGUGGUAUCUCGACUCCCAGAAGCUUGCAUCGUGAGCUGUGAGUACGAUCUUCUCCUAGACCACUCGCUGCUAUACAAGAAGCGGUUACAAGAUCUGGGAGUCCCAGUGACUUGGUACCACAUGGAGGAUGGUUUCCACGGAGUGCUUAGCACCAUUGAAAUGAAGUACUUGCACUUCCCUUGCUCCAGGAGAAUCUUGAACACUGUUGUACAUUUUAUAAAGGGACUCUGACCCUCCUUCCUUCCCUCUGCGGCUACCAGACUGUGGAUGCCACCACCAUCACUCUAUGGGGUGCUCUGUUGCUGAUCUAGAGGAUAGUGAAUGGGGUUCAAGGUCUCCAGCUUCUUGUUCUAGGUCCUCUUUGACAGAGGAGGAAAUGGAGGCUCAGAGAGAUUAAUAGCAAUGCACACUUUUUGUCUCUUUCUGGUCCAACUCAAGCACAGCUGAUUAAAUGGUUUCUCUAAGCCCAA